CGUGGAAACAGUACAAUAGCGGCAGACCACUCUAGCAGUUCUACUCCCCCUCUCCCCCCGUCCACGUCUCUCUCCCACCCACACCCACUCACUGAAGUAAAGUCUGUCUAGUUGCGUCCCUGUGCGCUGAGUAGGAACGCUUCAUUCCAGUGACUGGUACGCUACGGAAAGCAUGGCUUGCCGGAAAGAUACGUUGUUGCUUGUAGCCUUGCUCUCUUUCGUCACUUUUUAUGUGAGGGCCAAGGUAGACAUCGACAUGGAUGACACCGUGUCUGUAUACAGGGGGGACCCGGCAGAGCUCCACUGCCGCUACUCCUUCUCUGAGGAGCCGUCGAUGAUGAUGGUCCAGUGGUUUGUUAAAUACCCCAAUGGCAGCAGGGAGAGGAUCUCUUACCGUGACCUGACCAUAGAGAGAGUGGACGAGGGCACAGAUUACACGGACCGGAUCACGGUGGCUGGGGACAGCAACAGCGAGACCCUGACCGUUCUCACCGUUAAGCUGUCGGACGAAAGGGAGUUCUUUUGCCAGGUGAAUGGCAUGGCAGCGGGAAACGGCGAGAGAAAGACCCACCUCGCGGUGUUCGAUCCCCCGGAAGCUCCAGUGAUUGAAGGAGUCCAUUCAGGCAUUUCUGUGUCCAGUCAUCUCCUAUCCAAGAUUGCAUCUUGUGAGGCCAGGAAAGGAUACCCUAGACCAAACAUAACAUGGUACCGUGACGAAACUCCACUCAUCCCCAUAAACGGAGAAAUCAAUGUGGUCACCUUGGUGACCCGUGAGGCCAGUGGUUUCUACACAGUGCAGAGCGAGCUUCAGUACAAGAUCACCAAAGAGGACAAGGACGCGCUCUUCUCCUGCAAGGUCAGCUACUUCGUGCCAGGGGAUGUCAGGACCUCUGCAUCGCAGGACAUCAACAUCACUGUGCACUAUCCCACGACGAAUGUUGAGCUGUGGAGAGAACUGCCUAAAGGCCUGGUCAAAGAGGGGGACACAGUGGAAAUCCGUUGCCAGGGUGACGGCAACCCCCCACCACCUUACACUUUCAACCGAGAACAACAACCUGAGAUUGAGCUCGACUCAACCAACGGACAGCUGGUUCUCCAUGAGGUAACCCGGAGGGACAGUGGGGUGUAUCAGUGCCGCACUUUGGAUUUGGACACAGAGGAGGACGUGGUGGGAAACAUGCAUCUCACAGUGCAUUAUCUCGACCCUGCUGUGGUGGUGCCGAAAGAUUCAGAGGUCAUGUCCAAAGGGGAGAGUCUUACGGCGACCUGCAAUGCUCUGUCUUCUCUCAACACCUCCACGGUGUGGUUCAAGGAUGAUAGAGAGAUCGGCCGAGGCCACAUGUUGUUCUUGGAGGACGCCACGUUUGACACCGCAGGAGAGUACGUCUGUGAAGUCUCUGUGCCUACUCUGGCAGGCUUUCAGAGUACUGGUUCUGUCCACAUCAUUGUCCAAGGUGUACCUAAAAUUAAGGAUGCAGAGAAUGUUGAUAUGGAGGAAAGAGCAGGGAAAUGGGUGAACUUGAGCUGUGAAGCACGUGGGUACCCCAGACCCAUUAUUGCUUGGAGUAUUUAUGGAACCCAGAGCUGGCGCGAGGUGCUGAACAGAGUCACAGAGGACAGCGUUCAGAGUUUGGUGACUCUUAAAGUCACGUCCGACAUCACGGCCAUCUGUAAUGCCACAAACGACAUGGGUGUGGAGACCAAGACCCACAGCAUCAAAUCCAUGUCCAUGGUGACCCCAGCAGCAAAAUUUCAAGCAGAAGGCAGUGGCAUUAUCAUCGUGAUCAUCAUCAUCUGUAUCCUUCUGCUGGCCAUCCUGGGCAGCGUCCUCUAUUUCCUUUACAAGAAAGGAAAGCUGCCCUGCGGACGCUCAGGCAAACAAGAAAUCAUUAAUGUCUACAGCACCGCUGAGAAACCCAACAAAGAAGACAUUGUGGUCGAGAUGAAGGCUGAAAAGACUGAGGAAGCAGUUCUUCUCAAGGGGGUCAAUGGUGACAAAAAACCUAUGAAUGAUCAGUAAAGUACAUUGACCUGCGCAAAUAACCUGGAUGAAAGUCAAGUACUGAGGAUGCCAGCUGUAACUCUUUGGGGCCUUGCUUGCCUGACAGGGCCCUCUGGCUCAGGCUUUCAAGGUCGCGUACAGCAAUGAUUCCUUGAUUCCUUCACUCCCUUGACUCUGUAUAUCUCAGUGAUCAGUAGUAUUCUCGAUUGAACACACUGGACCAAUUUGGACCCUUUCAAAAGGAUGUGAAUUCAAAAAACAAACAAAAAAACUUUUCGUCCCCAAAUAUUUUUGCUAUGUUGUCUGCCCUCUUUAAAACACAAUGAAUCACAAUUAUGCGUUCUUUAUAAAGUGUAUAUAUUAUAUAUAUUUAGUUAUUUAAAAUAUUUUGACAUAAACCUUUCCACUAUGAGAAACACAUUUCAUGGAAAAGAGUGCACUCGUUUAGUCUAGUACAUUUCAACCAUUUUAGUGGGAGUGGGGAGGUGUUUAAUAGGC